UUCCCUCAUUUUCUGUGAAAAACAUACUAAGUCUUUAAAGUUUGCAACUCUUCCAUUCCACACAAUGAGUGCUGCUCCUCCAAGUGGAAGCAUUGCUGUGGAACAUGAUUCUGCUGCUCAAUGGGAUUGGCCACUUCAACACACAGACGGUGUAGUCAAAGUACACAAUACAAAAGAAAAGUUUGAAGUUGGCCUGGAUGUUCAAUUCUUUUUGCCUCAUGAAAUUGAGGUAAAAGUGGCAGGGCAAGAUGUGCUAAUUCAUUGUCUUCAUGAGCCACGAAAGGAUGAACACGGGAGUGUUAAGCGAGAAAUCCACCGUUCUUAUCGUUUACCGAAUGAUGUUGUGCCUGAUACUCUAAAGAGCCACCUUUCGAAUAAAGGAGUUUUAACGCUGACAGCUUCUAAAAAAUGA